UUCCUCAAACGUUGCCCGUUCAGAGUGUUUAUGGACUGGAGUCUGCUGUCUGUGUGAUAUAACACAGGAACUUUCUUCUCGCUGUUGACUCCAUGACGGCUUAUUUUUGGAGACAGUUGGAAGGAUAUUUUAAGAGAGUGAACUUGUUAAAGGUGCUUGUUGCCGGUCACAGCUGCUGUAAUGAGUUUCUUCCUCGUGCUUCAAUGCCACUUUUCCAGUGUGUCCAAUUGGAUGCCUUAUAAGGAGAGCCGUGGUCAGUUUUGAUGAGAGGCCUCGCUUCUUUCACUCCUGACCUCUACCUCUAUUGAUUCUCAGCGGAUGCACUCUUCUAUACAUCGACUGUCCUCUGUGAUUCUCUCUUUUUCACGAUGAUUCAUUUAUCAGUUUUGCAGCUGUCGUCCAAGCCGCCAUUUUUUACCAAGCUUUUUCUCAAGGGGAGGCUGAUUCCUGCUUUUUCCUGCUAAAGUUUUCAGAACACUGUAGGUUUAGCUUUUGUUACCAAGGAGACUUUUUGAGUGUCAAUUUUUUUCUAAUGUGCUUAUUAUACAGUCGUUUUUUUUAGUCUUUAUCUUUCUACCUCUUUGCUUUGCCUCUUCCCUUCUGUCAGAUACACCUGUACGACUUUACUUUACUUCAACAUUGUCUCAUGCUGCUUUUCAUUGUUGUCUUUUUGGGCACAAACUGAGAAUACACAAUUUUCUCCUGUUUUUGUUCCUGUCUUUGAUUUUUUUUUCUAUUGCUGGAGUUUCUCCACCCCUGUAGAGGGUCACAGCUCAAAGGAAGUUUGGUUGCCAAAGUGAAUCCCGCUUGGUUGUCUUAGUUGUUCUCCAAAAUGUGGUCUACAUUUUUUGUGACUGAUGAGGAGGGCCGCACGGUGGGCCCGCCGGCACCAGGAGCAGUGAUAGGGCCUGCACCGGGAGGAGCACCCCAGGGUCCGGUGGGCCUGACCAACCUGAUGAGCGGACGCAGUACAUUUGGGGGGAACAAGCGCCGCAGGACAGCGUCAGCGGGACACACCAUGAGUGAGGCCCAGGAAGGAAAGAUCAAGUUGGCAUUCUUUGUGGCCAUCGUGGGCGUGGUCCUGACGGUGCUCGGGGUGGGGACAGAGUUCUGGGUGGAGCUGGCACCCCCGAAGAGUUUCUACAACAAUCAGACAUGUCUGACAGCUCACUACGGCCUGUGGAAGGGCUGCACCAAGACCCUGUGGGUGGCUGAUAUCGACCCAGAGAGAGAGAGCUGUGGACCUGCUGAACUGCCCGGAGAAUCAAACUGUACCUACUUCAAGUUUUUCACCACGGGGGAAAACGCUGUGAUGUUUCAGAAGACAACGCAGAAGAAUCUGAAUGUAGCGGCAGCCAUGUUGGCCAUGUUCAGCCUGUUCCUCAUGGUGAUGGGGGCCAUAUGCAUCACCAUGUCCCUCAGUAAAGAAAUCCUGUUCUUCCUCAAGCCAGCAUCGGUCUGCUUCAUUCUGUCAGGUAUCCUGGUGCUUCUCUGUCUCGUGGUUUUCCACCAGUCAGUCUUGGCUUUGCUGGCCAGCAACCAUACGGUUCCUCUUCACCACGAGCUCUCCUGGUCAGUGUCAUGUAUCGGCUGUGCGGGGGCCGUCCUCAUCAUCGGUGGGAUCCUCUUUGUGCUGCUGGCGCUGCCCUACAGCCCCUGGCAGAGGUGUCUCCCUCAGAAAGACAGCAGCAGCUAGUGGCCUGGGGGUGGUGUUGCACUUUAUGUUUCCCAAAGACGUCUCAGCAAAUAGGAUUGCCUUUUCUGAAUAUGUCAUAUGCAUAUGCAAAAUUGGUCAUCAACUUAUCCACUAAGUCAUGAGAAGGAUCAAAUAUAUCAAAAGAUUCACCCUUAGGUCCCAUACUGAACUGCCUUUACCUUUUAGCAGGAUUACACUAAAAGUACUGAGCCGAUUUGCACCGAACAAGGUGGAGGGUUAGGGCACGGGAUGAACACAUUAAAUGUUGGUGCAGAUCUGGAUCAUUUACUAUAAAUUUGGAUUUAUUUUCUCUGAGGUCUGGUGUAUGUUGUUUCACAUUGACCUUGACAGUGCCCUUCUAGUUGUUUAGUGGAAAACAUCCUUUUUAUUUCAUUCACUUUGUUGGCAAUAAGAGGAUUUUGCACAGUAUACAGGUAAAAGUCAAUGUGAGAUCUUUGUUCUCUGAUUUGUGACACACGACCCACACAGUUCAUCUUGUUAGCUGAAAAGGAGCUAGCUUGGUGCUAAAAGCUCCGAUGCCAUAUUAAAGCGAACUAUACCUUUUAGUGAUAUCAAAUAUGGUAAUCUUAAUGCUUAGACAUGUUUGGGAAACAGUCCUGUAUUGUCUUACUAAGUAUCCUACAGGGUUUGGAGGCAAUUUACUGUUUACUGUUUGUUCAAUAAAACAAUGCUAACUUUUUUUUUUUUUAAAUACUAGCAAUUCCACCCCUUUGAUAUACACUCAUUGCCAAACAAUACUUACUACAAUUUGUAGGAGCUAGGAAACUGAAUUAAGUCAACAAUUUUAAUGUCAUCUUAAUUUGCCGGAAGCUUAGAUAGCAUGUUAGCAUUCAGCUAACCAGAAUGCUUAAAAAUCAAUAUUAAAUGUUGGCUAGCUCUAUCCUUACAGCACGGAGUACGCUAACUAUUUAUCUAUGAUUUAAACCAUUAGCUAAUUAACCAGUGGCAGGAUAAAUAAGCAUUCAAAGUUUUACAUUAUCAAAUGAGGUGUUUGUUGUGUCUGUUCAUUCUGGGAAAGUUCAUUGUCGUCUUGCCCAAAAAACAGCCACCUGUCUGCUCACGCGGCAAGACGACCAUCAGCACCCACAAAAAUAAAAACUACACUGAAUGAACUGAACAGUUUAUUGACCUCCAAUCUGAGAACCUCAUUUAAAAACCUGUUCAUUCUCAGUGAUGUGUGAGAAAAAGCAAUAUUGUGUUUGUCCUCCAGUGUCUUCCCUUCGUACUGUCUGUGUUGGAUGUUUUCUUGAGCGUCAGUUAACAUUGAGGUAGACUUUAAUUAGCAAUACUGAAUUUUCAUUUAUUUCACGCUACAUAUUUAUUAUCUUUGUCUGCUCAUUAGCAUAAUUGUGAACACAAUUGUCUUUUUAAUCAUCAGAAUACACAAGCGUUGUAUAAUACAUACAUACUGUACAUCGUGAGAAGAAUAUAUGUUUAAUAUUUUAAAUGAAGUGUAAGGUAGUGACUUUACAAAGUGUUCGACAGGCGGACAUGCCUAGAAAACACUCUAAAGAUUUGUAGUGGAGUAGAAGCUACACAGUGUUAAAUCAGCUGAAAGUGUGAGACGCUGCCAAGUUUUUACCCUCAGUGUUUUUCCUCGGAUGAUUUGUGCCAGAACAAAGUGCUUCUCUGUGCCUGAAUGGGCGGUGAACCGUCUCGGAAACUUUUUUUUGAACUGAAUUGAUUGAGUAUGAAUGACUUCAUUUUAUUAUUAAACAUGACAUGAAUAUUUAAUGUCAUCCUCUCUCAGGUUCCAUUUCUCUCUCAUUCUGCAAUCUCGACAUGUUCUCAGCUCACAGUCGCUGCCUCCUCAAAAGCUGCUUUUAUGAACCGUCCCACUGACUUGCUGCAUAUGUGGUGUGUCCUCUUUGAGCUUCUGUACAGUGAAAGUUCACUGGUUUUAAAUGUUACGUAUGAAUGAUACAUAAAUAUAAUAAACUACUUCAACUUUUCAGAAAUAUA